GGUCAGGUCAGGGGUAACGGCUGCACGUCGUCGCUGCGCAUUCACGCACAUCCCUCUCACGCUGACAUCAAACUUUUUGAUAAAAGUGUCGUUUGUUCUCGAAAUAAACACACAGCAAAAAGUUUGAAAAUGUCUGGUGACUCGUGGGCAGUGGCUGUCGACUUUCAAGAGGCGGCAACACCACAAGUGCAGUUGGACUUCUCGAAAAAGGUGGAUAGAGUGCGGACUUCCCAAAAUAUGAGAGGGGACAUAAAUGGCAACAUUGUACCGAAGAGAACAGAAAAUGGAGGGCUGAAAGGAGAUGUGGACAAAGUGGACCUGGCUGAGCAGUCCCUGUUGAACAAACUGAUUCGCAGGUCUCUUGUCCGCAAUAGAAACCAGGUGGAGGUCCUGCAGAGGGAUCCUACCUCUCCUCUUUACUCCGUGAAGACCUUUGAGGAGCUCAGGCUGAAACCCGAGCUUCUGCAGGGUGUUUAUAACAUGGGUUUCAACAGACCAUCCAGAAUCCAGGAGAACGCCUUGCCCAUGAUGAUGGCCCAGCCACCUCAGAAUCUGAUCGCCCAGUCGCAGUCUGGCACAGGCAAAACUGCUGCCUUUUCCCUGGCCAUGCUCAGCCAUGUGAACCCAGACAAUAAGUGGACUCAGUGCCUUUGCAUCUCGCCUACCUACGAGCUUGCUCUGCAGAUCGGUCAAGUUCUUGAAUUGAUGGGUAAAUUUUGUCCUGAUGUGAAGCUGGCAUAUGCCAUUCGGGGCAACAGAGUGGAGCGAGGCGUCAAGUUGCAGGAGCAGAUUGUCAUUGGAACACCAGGCACAGUCCUCGACUGGUGCACCAAAUACAAGAUCAUUGACCCAAAGAAAAUCACCAUGUUUGUUCUGGAUGAGGCCGAUGUGAUGAUCGCCACACAGGGUCACAGAGACCAGAGCAUUCGUAUUCACAGACAGCUGACAAAGAGCUGUCAGAUGCUCCUUUUCUCUGCCACCUUCGAGGAUUCUGUGUGGAAGUUCGCAGAGCAUGUGGUUCCUGAGCCAAAUAUUAUCCGGCUGAAGCGCGAGGAGGAGACGCUGGACACCAUCAAGCAGUUUUAUGUGGUCUGUAGGGAGAAGGAGGACAAGUUCACAGCACUGUGUAAUCUGUAUGGCAGCCUCACCAUCGCACAGGCCAUGAUCUUCUGCCAUACUCGCAAGAUGGCUGCUUGGCUGGCUUCCAGCCUGAUUGAAGAGGGCCAUCAGGUGGCGCUGCUGAGUGGGGAGAUGACUGUGGAGCAGAGAGCGGCCGUCAUUGAGCGCUUCAGGAACGGAAAGGAGAAGGUGCUGGUGACCACAAACGUGUGCUCCAGAGGUAUUGACGUGGAACAAGUGUCUCUUGUGGUCAACUUUGAUCUCCCAGUUGACCUGGGUGGAAAUGCGGACAAUGAGACUUACCUGCACAGGAUUGGGCGCACAGGGCGCUUCGGCAGACGAGGAUUUGCUGUCAACAUGGUUGACAGCAAACACAGCAUGGAUAUCAUCAACCAAAUUGAGAUGCACUUUAACAGAAGAAUCACAAAGCUUGACACCACUAAUCUUGAAGAAAUUGAAGCCCUGGUCAGCUGAAUGCCUCACUUUAUGCACUCCCCCUUACUGAAGAAGUGUUACUGUGACUUGAGUUCUUUCAAGGGUUUAUUGUUUGCAUUUUAUUGUUUGCUGAAGGAAACUGCAUACUGAUUGUGCUAACUUUCUUCAUGGCGGUUAUUUGUGCCAAAGUUUUCACUUGAAUUUAAUUUGAUGUUUCCGACUUGGAUUGUUCACUGAAGUCACCUUAUGCCUGACAGCAGUCUCUCUGAGACUCUAAACCAACCACUGGCUGUUAAAACAGCAUGUAGCAACGGUUGAGAUAAUACUACAUCUUGUUUGUUUGCAGUGUUGUGUUUAAUUAUUUGAAGUGAAUUGUAGUUAUUAGUGUAGUAUUGUCAUCUAGACAUUUGCAUGGCUGGUGUGAGGUUGAGUUCAGAUCGAAUCUUUGAUGGACUUGAAGCAUUUUAAGGAUUUCAUGCCAGUGGCAGCAAACUAUUAAGUUUCUUAAUAUCUUGAUUUGGUGUUCUAUCAAACUGUGAAGCUGAAGCUCAAGUUUUUGUGUGGCCAAAGAAAAACAAAUAAAUAUUGUGGCAUGUUAAA